UAAUUUUAAAAGCAGAGAAGCAGGAAACAUGACGGCAAAGUUUCCGUUUUUGCAAACAAAAAAGAACCAGCCCCUCUGAGAAACAGCACAGAAAGUGUUUGUGGGUGCUCUGUUCCUCUUGGAUUUGACCACAUGUGAUUUGCCUUUCUGUUCAUUUAUGCCAUGGCUGCAAAUGAAAAUGACAAGGACAUUUCAUGGAUACAAGAAAUGAUAGACGUUGAGGAACUGACACUGGCCUUCUGCUUAUCAAUGCUCGUUGGUCUUCUGAUUGGAAUCCUGAUUUUCAUCUUCCUGACGUGGAUGUCCAGGCGCAGUGCCUCAGUAAGGAUUACCACACGUCCCAGUCGAUGGUUAAGGGCUGCCAGGUCUCACAAUCUCCAUGGUCAGAUGGGUCUCUACAGCAGUAAUGGCUUCAACCUAAGUGAGAGCACAGGCAGAGCUACGUUAAACCUUCACAGACAGACAUCUGUUGACCCCAAUGAACUGCUGGGCCGCAGCCCCAGCUUUCAAGCCUCCACCUUUCGGCCACCGCCGAAGAAGGGCAGCAAUGGGUCAGAGGACGAGAGCCAAACUGCACUGCUUCAUAAUUCCACUGGCACCAAUUCAGCGGUGACAGAUCCUUACAACAUGGGCCAAUCAGAGUCCUUUUGGUUGGGGAAAGGCAGUCUGAGAGGCUACCUCCCUACACAAACCCCUCCACCUGCAUACGACAGUGUUAUAAAUAUGUUUCAAGAAACCCACACCUGACUGAGCUGUGUGACAAGAGACUUGAGCAUUUUCCAAGGAAUUUCUGUACACAAAUUAUAGUUUACUGUUUGCUACAACAGUGUAUCCCAGUGCUGGUCCUGAGGGCCCAAUGUCCUGUACUUUUUAGUGUCUUUCAGGCUCCUAACAAACCUGAUCCAACUAAUCAUCAUAUGAGAGUGUUAUUAAAGUUUCAGGAAAAUCAUGCCUGAUUGCACUGUGUGACAAGAGACUUGGGCAUUUUCGAAGGAGUGCUAACGGAGUUCAUUUGUGCAUGAUUGUUUUUCCCAUUUCAUUUAAAAAGAUCUAUAUGAAUACUAUUGGAAUUUCUAUAUACAAUAUACUCAUUGCUUGAGCAGUGUUUCUCGGUGCUGGUUCUGAAGGCCCAUUGCCCUGCACUUUUUAGUGUCUUCCCUGCUCCCAACACACCUGAUCCAACUAAUCAGUUGAUUAACAGCCCAUUAGUGAGUUAUUGCGGGUGUGUUAAAGCAGGAAAAGCACUAAAAUGUGUAAGACUGUGGGCCUCCUGAAGCAGGGUUGAGAAUCCCUGUACUACAGGACACCCAGGUAUUGUAGAUUACUAUAAAACGGUACUAAGUGACUAUUACACCGAGACAUAUACAUAUCAUAAUUACUAUAAAAGUAUAUACAGCACAAUAGCAAUCUUACAGUUUCUGAGGGUAUUUCUUUAGUUCUUGUUUGUAAGGGAUCUCGCCUUCUUAUUUCCUAAGUAGAUGUCUGAAGCAAAACCAAGCGAAGACGAUCAUGACUGUAUAUAGUCUGUUUUGUGCAAGUGCAAACGUUUAAUUUAAUAUGAAACAAUAAAAUCAUGCCACUAACACUUGUAUUCAGAAUGCUUUGACACAUCUGAAAAUAUGGACUGAAACUGUAAUUAACUCCAUGCUAUGAUCACAACCAUUUCUGCUGAUGCUUCCACAUUUCUGUCCUUUUACAAGAGAAGGCUGUAUGAGUCUCGGUGCUAAAGCAGAGGUUCAUACCAUCUGCAAAUGUGUAGUUGCUCAUCAAUAAACGGAACAAACAUCA